GAGGCCCAUGAUCUGUGAGUCAACCCCAUGAUCUGCUGCCAUUACGUACUUCGAGGGCUCUACUCUGCUGCCGGCGUUUCGUCACUCCACUCGACAACGGGCUGCGAGCCCGCGGCUACGCCGUAUGUCAGUGCCUGCGGUGUUCGGCCUGACGAUGUGGAGUUCUAUUCACACUCACCCCAGAAAGGAAAUAGUUUUGUUUGCUCUGCUUCCAGAAGGAGCCUGCUUUGUUUGUCGUUUGCCACAGUCGAUCCUGUUGUGAGCUGCGUGCAACACCGAAUCGCACAGAGGGUGCUAUUCGAGCGGACGGACGGCGGAAUGUCUUUCAUCCUGGAGUUUGCAGAGGCCUUAAUUAGGCAAGGGAUGGAGGACCCAGAGGAGCGCGACAAGAAAUUCCGUGAGCACAUAUAUGAGAUGAAAGACAAGUGUGAAAAAACUAAGGAGCAGUGGAGGCAGCCAGUCAAGCCUUUUGGGUAUUGGAACCUUGACAAGAACAACCAUAAGUUCUUGCUGGAUUUGAAGCUUAGCUCAUUGUCUGGGCGCCGAGGAACGUAUGACCAGUUUGACCAGAGCGGCAGCUCGUAGACGCUGUGUGCUUUCCUGAGCUUUGCUCCGACUACGCGCCUUUGUUUGUGACGAUGCUCAAGAUGUCCGCCAUGAGGUCUUAGCAUACCCACUGCAUGCGAUGUCUAUAUCUAUUUUCAGACCUGGAGCUGGGGGUGGGAUCACGUAUGCCCUUUUUUUUUUUUCACUUACCUGAUUUGGGUAUAAGAGGGAUGGUGCUUGCUCUUGUCCUGGAGGCAGUGGAUGGAGACGACAAAACCUCACCUGCAAUGGGAAAGCAUGACCCACUCGAACAGUCUAUUAAUCUGAAUCCUGAAUUACAUUUGGGGAGGUCCGCCUCCUCUGCCCUCGUCUCUCUUACUGCCUUUCCAUUUUGCUCAGCUGUGAAUUGCGGAGAGGGCUUUCCUUGUUAGUCAUCUGUAACUUCAUAAGGUUGGUCAUGUGAGGGUCAUUCGUGUGUGUUUAUUGGGCAGGGUGGGUGAACGAUAUUGCGAGGGUGAUGUUGCUUGCGACUUUUGAUAUAUUUGCGAAUGGGCGGCGGUGGAUGUGUAUAAGGUUUUGAAUAUCUCUGGUGGAAAUUACGUUGUUGUCGUAGAAUAGUGGUUUCUUGGAUGGGAAAAGAAAAAAAAGAAAAAGGUGUGUAAGGUGUACUAAGGAAGUGACGAUGAGACAGGUAUAUGUGUUAUGGGACAAAACUGCUGAA